CAAGCUUCCGAUUGCAACCCUUCAAUAAAAUGACAUGGUUUUAUCGCUCGACCACAUUAGCGCAUCUCGCGCUCAUCCUUCGAGAUCUACAUUACUCCCCGUUCCUCCCACGAUCUCUUCUGGUCUCUUCUCUGCGCCAUUGAUCGAUCGAUCGAGCUAGUUUGUGGUCGGCAAUGGCGUACGUCGACAGGGCCUUCUCGAUCUCGGACGAGGGCAUCACGAUGGACGGAGCCUACGUCGUCCACCACCGCCCCCCCGUCAAGGAGAUCGCCCUCGCCGUCGGCCUCCUCGUCCUCGGCGCCCUCGGAGUCGUUCUCGGCAUCAUCAUGGCCGCCAACGAGGUCGGUGGCGACCGAACCCAUGGAGUUUUGUUUGCGAUCCUGGGGUCGAUGCUGUUCAUCCCGGGAUUCUACUACACGCGUAUUGCGUACUACGCUUACAAGGGUUACAAAGGCUUUUCGUUUUCUAACAUUCCUCCUGUAUGAGAGUAAAUUUCUUCUUCUUUUUUUUUUUUCCCCCGUUGCUCACUGAUUUCUGUCACUGUUUACCUUCACAUGUGUACAGAUCUCAUGGUUUUCUUUCGUUCUGCUUUUAAUGUUGUUGUAGUUUGUUACUUAAUUGAGUAACUCUGCUGUGUAAUUCCGGUCGAGUAAUUCAAAAUAAGCUUUUUGUCUGUCUGUGCUGCUCUUAUUUUUCUAGCUCUGUGGUGACUCUUUUAGUAGAAGUUGUGUGCAUAAUAAUUAGCUUGAAAUGUGAAUGCUACUUGUAUAAAUGCUUAUAUUAGUGUGGUGAUUUAAUCCUUUUGUCAAUCAAGCAUCAUAAACUGUGCCGUGUUGGUAGUACAUGCAUUCUGUGUCAGACUAAAUACUUGCUAGGAACAGUCAUAAUGAGUCUUUUUCUUAUCAUCUUACAUUGAGGUUUGACGAUGUUGGUUCUUUGUCAUCGACAGCUCCUAUUAGUUGAUUUCUCUUAGUGUUAAAGAAAAUUUGAUAUUUUCUUUAACAGAAAAGCAAUUUCAACAUGGCUUAAGUAAUGGGACGAAUAUGAUGUUUGAAGUAUUGAGCUACAUAUCACAAUUUGAAAAUUAUAGCAUAAUCAUAGAUACAUAUAAAGGAUGAUAGAUAUAGUUCUUAUUUUAGACCAAGCUUUGUAUAAAUGUAUAUUACGACACUCAGGUGUCUCUCUAUUAUCUAAACAUGGAAACACCUUAUCAUUGUUUGUAGAGUUGGACAGCGUGGACUUGAUUGUGGUAAGUACAAGAACAAGGAUAUUGGAAGGCUAUAUUAUUUGUUAAAAUCGUACAUUCUCUAUGAUUGUUAAGUCUGUUCAUGGUUGACAUGUGCUUACUUAUUCCUAAGGGGAUUAGCGUAUUGAAGAGAUUCACCAUAUCCAUCUUCCACUAGACAUAAAUUUACAAAGACAUCAAAGCCUUGUUAUAGAUUUAAUUCCAUUGUGGUCUAUGAUCUCUUUCCUUCAAAAGAAUCUCAUCCGGUAACGACAUGCUGGUAUUGCCUGCAACCAUAGUGGUGGAAACUUGAACACAAAGUAGUUUACUUCACCCUGAUUAGAACUCCUAGUUUUAGGUUUUGCAUUUAUAAGUUGCAUCAUGCUGAGGUGCUUCACUAGUGGCACAGGACUACUCUGUGAUGGCAUAUAUGUUGACUGGAGUGCCAGAACAGCAUGUCCUUAAUCCGCCAAGGAAAAAUUAAGGAGAGACAAUAAAGAUAAUUAGAUAUUAAUUAUCAUAUUUGCUUAGAUACCUGAUUAACCACUGCUGAAUCAUACAGUGAGAAAGUUACUUUUUGCUAGUAUGCUUUUAAUUAUUACUAAUUGUUUUGUGAUUUAGCUCUUAAUUUGCUUCCUUAUUUCCAGACUGUGUGCUAUAACAUUACAUGCACACGUUUCUCAUGUUAUGUUGAACUGGAUAUUCUUCUCGUCAUAGUGAAGCUAGCUAGCAAUGGAUCCAACAAAAGAUGAUUUUGAACAAAGUGAUCAAGUGCAUUCUCUUUCUCAAAUCAUGACAAUUUCCUAGAUUUUCCCCAAGUACCACAUAAUCUUUGCAGGAAUUCUCCACUGUUUUGUCUCUUGUGAGAAGUUUGCCUUCUACUCAUAUGACCAUGACCGGAUAAUACAAAAAGCAGGUAGUAACAGGAAUUGGGCAAUGGCAAGUGUGGAUGGAUUCUCCCCAUGGAAAGAAGAAAUCAAAUCCAUACUAUUUCUUUGACCAUUCUUGAAGGAGGAAUAUGAAAAGUCAGUUGGAAUUUUGUUGUAAGAAAACAUUCUCAUCCACUCUUGACUUUAUACUAAGUCUGUGUGAUGAUGGUUAAUGGUUAAACCAAACCGAUAAUUUGGAAAUCAAACAUUAUUUGGGAAGCAGUAUUUUAUUUUGUCAAGCAUUAAAUCCUCUUUGUUCACAUCAUCAUAAAUAUUGAGAAAUUCAUAUUGUUUGGUAAAGACUUGGAUGUGAACAUGCUUCAGCUCCUGUAGUCUAAAAUAAAUUAAGUGUAUGUUGAUAUUGGUUCAAACGCCUUGUUUUGUUGUACUAAACUUGUAUACCUCAGGCAAUAAGGCUCAAACAUGGUGUCCAAGUAAAUGCAUAAGCAAAUGAAAUUGUAUUGGAGAUUCCCCUCCAUUUCUCUUUUUUCAUAUUAUCCUGACACAUUUAUUGAGAAUUUGAUUUUUUUAUAUAUUCCGAUGAAUACGAUUCUAAAAGGUGAGGAUUUAUGGUUUUAUUGUUGUUUUUAUCAGCUUAAGUUUCUUCUGAUUUGUGUCCAUGUCAGGACAGAACUGAUAUGUCAUGUUUCUUCUUUGCAAUUAUCUUAAAGAUUCAUACUGAUACAUGGGAAUUGGAAUACUCUGCAUUCAGUGUGUUGUUACAUCAUGCAAAACAAAUUAAGGCAGUAAAGUCAUAAAGUCAUUUGAUUAAUGUGAAUGUCAUCAGUUACCACAACAUCUCACAGAAUGACAAUUGAUUGGGACCUUGAAACUGCCAGGAAAAUUUUUAUGCUGACUUGUAAAGAGGACCCAUGUAGUCUUUGUUUUCUUUGGUCCAACAAGCCAUCACUGUGCUGCAACCCAACGCACACCACUUAUUUCCCACAUUAAAAGCACUGGAAACUGCCUCUCUCUCUCUCUCUCUCUCUCUCUCUCUCUCUCUCAUGAACCUGUUACUGCUUCUUAUAUGUGUUCCUCAUCCAUCACCUUGCGCCACUUCAACCAUCUGAACCCAACAGGUUCAUAUGCACCACCGUCCUCUCCACACCUCACCAUGCAGGAAGAAGAGUGCAAUGUAUCCCUCAGUCUUGCGAUAGGAGGAGUUGGGGAUUUGCCCUUCAUCAAAAACCUGGAUCAGACCUCGUUCAAAGAAGAGAAGGAAGAGAAGAGAGAUGGUGGCGGCACGAGGAAGAAGCUGAGGCUCUCCGGAGAACAACUGGCCUUGCUUGAAGACAGCUUCAGAGCCCACAGCACGCUUGCUCCUGUACGUGCACCUGUUGAACCCUAAUAUGUAUCGGCACUAACUGAUAGAUCUCUCAUGGCAGGACCAGAAACAAGAGCUUGCGCAGAGGUUGCACUUGCAGCCGAGGCAAGUGGAAGUAUGGUUUCAGAACAGGAGAGCCAGGACCAAACUGAAGCAGACGGAGGUAGACUGCGGGUUCUUGAGGAGGUGCUGCGAGAGGCUGGCCAACGAGAACAGAAGGCUGAAGAGGGAGCUGAUGGAGAUGCGAUCAGUAGUGAAGCCCGGUCCGCAGCUCUCCGUAGAGCACCGCAAGGCAGCGCGGCUGAGGAUGUGUUCCUCGUGCGAGAAGAUGACGAGCGAUGAGAAAGAGAGCAGUCUACUGAGCACCAUCAAUUCCUGAGAAGAUUAAGAAGACCAAUUCAAGUUAUUUAUCAUCCUUGUUCACAAGAAGAAUUAUAUACAUAUACACAUUAUUUUCUCAAGAUUAAUGCAUUAAAGCACUUCCAUUGAA